AUGGACAUCUUCCAGAGCGUCCAAGGCUACAUCACGAAGCUCGUGUCGCAAGGCGAGGGUGCAGGUGCUAGCAAUGGCGCGGCGAAGAUGAAGAUAUUGUUGCUGGACAAGGACACUGUACCGAUCGUAUCGUCCGCGACAACACAAUCCGCGCUCCUCAACCACUCCGUAUACCUCACCAACCGCCUCGAUGACCAGAAUCGCGAGAAGAUGCGCCAUCUACGGUGCUUGUGCUUCCUUCGACCUUCACCCGACAGCGUACAAUUCCUCAUCGACGAGUUCCGGGAACCAAAGUAUGGAGAAUACCACAUAUAUUUCAGCAACAUCAUAAAGAAAUCUGCGUUGGAACGACUAGCUGAAGCUGACGACCAUGAAGUCGUCAAGUCCAUCAUGGAGUACUUUGCGGACUUUCUGGUCAUCAACCCAGAUCUCUGCUCGAUACCUCUGUCCACCCGAAUCUUCUCGUCCUCGCCCGAACUUUGGAACCAGGACAGUUUGGCGAGAACGACGGAGGGUGUGCUGGCAAUGCUUCUAGCAUUAAAGAAGAAGCCUCUCAUCCGGUACGAGAAGAACAGCUUGCUGUGCAAGAAACUCGCAACAGAAUUGCGAUACGCCAUGACACAGGAAGAUCAGCUUUUCGAUUUCAGAAAGUCGGAUACACCUCCGAUACUGCUACUGAUAGACAGACGAGAGGAUCCAGUCACACCAUUGCUAACACAGUGGACGUAUCAAGCGAUGGUGCACGAGUUGCUCGGCAUCGAAAAUGGCAGGGUCAAUCUCAGUGAUGUACCUGAUGUUCGGCCUGAGUUCAAGGACAUCGUGCUUUCACAAGACCAGGACCCGUUCUUUGCGAAGAACAUGUACCUGAACUUCGGAGACCUUGGCCAGAACGCGAAGGAGUACGUCGAGCAGUUUGCAUCGAAACAAGCAUCUGGCCAGAAGCUAGACAGCAUCGAAGACAUGAAGCGCUUCGUCGAGGAGUAUCCAGAGUUCCGUCGACUGUCUGGGAACGUCACGAAGCACGUUACGCUGGUCACAGAGCUCAGCAGACGGGUGGGCACAGACAGCCUACUCGAUGUCAGCGAGCUGGAACAGAGUCUGGCGUGCAACGACAACCACACAACAGAUGUGAAGACACUACAGAAACUCAUACAGGACCCCAAGAUACCGCCAAGCAACAAGCUGCGACUGGUCGCGAUAUAUGCUCUGAGAUACUCGGGUCACAAUAACAAUAACACACCUGCACUUCUGGACCUGCUAGCAGUCGCCGGCAAUAUCAGCCGGCAUCGCAUCAACCUGAUACCCAAGCUUCUGACGUACGCUCAUUCCCUGCAGUCGAUACCAGGUUCCGGUGCCAUUCCAGAUCUCUUCCAACCAGGAAACAUCUUCUCGGAAGCACGGUCCCGCUUCAAUCGUGGUCUACGUGGUGUAGAGAAUGUGUACACGCAACACUCGCCCCGACUUGGGAACACGCUUCAAGAUCUCAUCAAGGGUCGACUGAACAUGAACAACUAUCCUUUCGUGGAAGGUGGAGGUCAGACGAGGGACAAGCCGCAGGACAUCAUCGUCUUCAUCGUGGGCGGUACGACCUACGAAGAAGCCAAGAUGGUUGCCCAGGUCAACGCCAGCAGUCCGGGCAUCAGGGUUGUACUUGGCGGCACCGGUGUCCACAAUAGUGCAUCCUUCUUAGAUGAGGUGGAGGAAGCUGUGGAUGCGUGGCCUGAGCCGAAAGCGGAUACAGCUGCUGGUCGGCUGAGGAGAGAAGUUGGUCGGUCGUAG